AUGAGAUCAGUAUUUCAGCCUUCACCAGCAGAUCAUGAAAAAUAUGGUGGGGAUCCACAGCACCCUCAUAAACUACACAUCGUUACCAGAAUAAAAAGUACAAAAAGACGUCCAUACUGGGAAAAAGAUACAAUAAAGAUGCUUGGAUUAGAAAAAGCACAUACCCCUCAAGUUCACAAGAAUAUCCCUUCUGUGAAUGCAAAACUGAAAGUGGUUAAACAUUUGAUAAGAAUCCAGCCCCUGAAGCUGCCACAAGGACUUCCAACAGAAGAGAAUAUGUCUUCCACAUGCCUCAAGAGCACUGGGGAGUUAGUAGUGCAGUGGCAUCUAAAGCCUGUGGAGUAGGAAGCAGUUAAGUCCUGACACCAUUGCAGCAUCAGAUUAAAAAGUGCAAAUUAUUUUUAUUUAAAGUUGGUGAGAAAAUGUUUUCAUUAAAAUCUUUAAAAUGUAUUUGAAAUCCCA